UAUAAAAUAAUAAAAUCUCUCAUUGAAAAAAUAUCGUCGUCGCGGCCAAUGUAAACAAAAUCUGACGACGCACAAUGUUACCAUGGUAACUUUGCCGUUACUUCAUGUAACACUACAGUAUAGUUCAGUGCACUUUACGACAAACCGUCCUUGUGUCACAAUGGAAAUUGCUCUCGGUGAAUGUGGAAGCACGAGGCAGAAAUUUUUGUUUUUUCAAAAGGUCAUUGCAGAUGAACCAAUAUAGUUACUUGUUAGACAGUGAUGUACCAAAUGACAAAUGGUCAAAAGAGUCGGUGGAAUUAUUCAACAACUUAAAUGGAUUAGGAGAUGACUGGAAAAUACACUACCGUGAUGUAUAUGAAUGUCCAGAUGGUUCCAGGCUUUUUCUAAGAGCAGUAAAAGAUGAGCCAUGGAAACUUUUCCAGUAUACAUUGUUUAAUAAUUCCAAGCUACAAUGUAUGAAGGCUGUUGUGCAGUUUGGAAAUUAUACACGAGGUCCUAUUGGGUUCGUUCAUGGCGGUGCUAUUGCAACCAUCCUUGAUUUUGUAAUUGGAAGUUGUGUUCUUUUUUGUGGAUACUACGUUUUAACUGGAAGUUUAAAUAUUGAAUAUAAAAGUCCAUUACCUCUCAAUUCCACAACCUUGGUUGAAGCUAGAAUUGAUAAGAUUGAAGGUCGAAAGAUAUUCUCGUCAGGAGAAAUAAAGUCAGCAGAUGGUUCUAAAAUUUACUCAAAGGGCACUGCUAUAUUUAUAAUAUUAAAAUCCUCCAUGUAGCACGAGUUCUAAAUAGGUUCAUUUUAUAAUAAUAAUAAUUUUUGUAUAGUACAUACUCAAAACCAAGCUAUGCUAUUUAUGAGUUAAUAGACAAGAUCCUUGCCAUUAUUUAGUCCAGUGUCCUAACCUCAAGGAUUACAUCAGUGAGGUUCACUGGAUUACACUGGAUUAGGAUUUACCGAACAUGAAAAUGAUGAAAUUAUUUUCGUAUUUUUCAAAUUUACAUGCUAAAGCCUAAAUUGUACUCGGUGAAUGUGGAUGUGAAUGUGGAAGCACGAGGAGGAAAUUU